AAAAAUCUGAGGAAGACACUGAGGAUGCCAGCGAAACUGAUCUGGCAAAACAUGAGGAAGAGGACUUUGUGGAAAUGAAAGAACAGAUGUAUCAGGACAAACUGGCAUCUCUGAAGAGGCAGUUACAACAAUUGCAGGAAGGUACUCUUCAGGAAUACCAGAAAAGAAUGAAAAAGCUGGACCAGCAGUACAAAGAAAGGAUACGAAAUGCAGAACUGUUCCUGCAGCUGGAAACUGAUCAGGUGGAAAAAAAUUACGUCAAGGAAAAGAAGGCAGCAGCAAAGGAGUUUGAAGAUAAGAAAAUCGAGCUGAAGGAAAAUUUGAUUGCAGAAUUGGAAGAGAAAAAGAAGAUGAUUGAGAAUGAAAAGCUAACCAUGGAAUUAACAGGAGAUUCAAUGGAAGUGAAGCCUAUUAUGACGAGGAAACUGAGGCGACGACCAAAUGAUCCGGUUCCUAUCCCAGACAAGAGGAGGAAACCUGCCCCUGCUCAGCUGAAUUAUUUGUUGACUGAUGAGCAGAUAAUGGAGGACCUGAGAACACUGAAUAAGCUUAAAUCACCCAAGAGACCAGCCUCUCCUUCCUCUCCCGAACACCUCCCGGCUACACCAGCAGAGUCUCCAGCGCAGCGGUUUGAAGCCCGGAUAGAAGAUGGAAAACUCUACUAUGAUAAGAGAUGGUACCACAAGAGCCAGGCUAUUUACCUGGAGUCAAAAGAGAACACGAAGAUCAGCUGUGUGAUCAGUUCUGUGGGCGCCAACGAGAUCUGGGUGAGAAAAACCAGUGACAGCACAAAAAUGCGAAUUUAUCUGGGACAGCUGCAGCGAGGUGUUUUUGUGAUUCGACGACGAUCAGCUGCAUGACUGUAUGCUCUUCCUUGGUGGUUUUGGGUUUUUUUGUCUUGUUUUUUUUUUUUUUAAACCGAUAGACAACCCUUUAAUGGGGAAUGGCAGUCUGUUCACUCAUCUUAGCAGCAGAGAACACUGUCAUGACCUCUUACGAGACAGUUUGUGGCUGGCCACAUAAUCCCCAGUAGUCCUUAAAUCUUUAGUGGUACCCAAGCACUGCCCUGGACUGUUUCUGGAUUUUGCAUCAAGUUUCUGUAUGCUUU